GAGCAUUUUAACCUCUGAAACCUGAAGAUUAGUUUGAUUUCUUUCAAAAAACACGGGAGAAACAGAUUGAGGUACGUGGCGGAAAAUGUCCGGCAAACUGCAAAAAAAAAGAACAAAAAGAAAAACAUUCCUAAAAGGUGACAAAGAAUUGAUCUGAAAUUUUUGAAACUUUUCCCCCAGUAAUUUUCUCGUAACUUUUCACUUAUUUCCUGCUCAUUUUUGGGCCAUUUUUCGUUGAGCUGCUCUCUGCCCCAACGUUUUUGAAAUAAAUCAGACCAGUCUGCUUGGGUUUUUAAGGGUUAAUCUCUCUCUGAUUAUUAAUCAGUAAACUCUGAUAAUUUCUUCCUGUUUUAAAAUUUGUUGAAAUCCAGGACUCAGCCAAACCCCGCCCUCCUACGCCUCUCAGCCAAUGACGAACGGGCUCACAGGGCCACCAACGCCCACUCCCUCUGACCCCCCUCUCGGCCCGCCCCCCCCUCUGGAGAGGACGGCAGCCAAUCACAGCGACUCUGACGGCGGCCCAUCCAACGCGGGAACACGGAGGUCAUCCCUGAUCUACAGCAGCAGUACGCUCCCCGCUCUCUCCUCCUCCUCGCUCCUCCACCAUCAGAGCUCCAAGUCUUCGGAGAGCGACCUGUCCACGUCGACGCUCCCCCACUCCUCCUCCACGCUCCCCCACUCCUCCUCGCUCCCCCCCCCCGCCUCCUCGUCCUCCCACGCUCUGACCAAACUGCCCCUCUCUCAGCCGGAGACGGGCGUCCUCCACAACUCCUCCAGCCCCUCCUCUGGUAAACUCCCUGCCCCCUCCUCCACGCCUCCUGGCGCUCCCGUGCAGCGUCCCCUGAUGCCGCAGACAUCCCUCCCUCUGACCCCGCCCAGAGACGUCCCCCCCUGCGGCUUCAAUGGCUGUCCGGCCAAUCACCAGGCGCCCUCACCAACCUCGAGAGGAAACCUGGCGCUCCCUUUGGGGGCGGGGUCUCCUGUGGCGGCUCCUGGCGGGGAGCUGGUGCCGGUGGCCCUCGGGCGCAGCGAGAGCGGGGGGCUGGGCUUCAGCAUGACGGCGGGGGGCCAGGGGGGGCAGCUGGCGGUGGUGAGGCGGGUCUGGGACCGGAGACACUGCACGUCUCUGCAGCCAGGAGACGCAGUGGUCAAGAUCAACGGAGCUGACGUCCAGAGCCUCAGCUUCUCCCAGGUGCAGAGAGUCCUGCAGGAGCACACCAAGCAGGGGGAGGUGGUCCUACUGGUCUACAGAGGAGGUGCUGAUCCACAUCCAGUCUGAGCUGGUCCAUUUAACCCUUCGAAACCUGGAGCCACACCAGCUCACCUGUGCGCCGUUCAGAUGCCGUUCACACACAUUUAACCAUUUCAUUUCAUUCCACGUUUAUUUGUGUAGGGACAAUAUAUAACAUAAAACUGAUGCCACAUACUACAGCAUCUACAGCCUGAGGUCCCUCUGUCCUCUGAAACCCAAACG